UUUGGAUCCAUCAUACGCACACAGAGAAACUGGUAGCUGGGUUAUGAGCUUCUCACUGUUAGCAGAUGGAAGCAUGAGCAUAACCCUCAGUUUCAGAACCCUAAUAACAAAGAAGCAAACUCUUAAAACUUUCAAAACCUAUUUAUCCCCUAACCAUCUUCCUCUUCGAAUUCUCUCUUCACGUUAUUUCACUUCCUACGCUAUCCAAAAUCGUCUUCCAUCACAAGCACAUAACCUGUUCGAUGAAAGUUCUCAACAAGACCUUGGGCAAUACAAUCGCUUACUUUUUGAUUGCUCUCGCAAUUACCGCAACCAAGAAGCCAUUAAAACCUUCUUGGGUAUUCGUCGUUUGAAUCUUCCUAUAAAUGCGUCGACUUUUUCAUGUGUGUUUAAGGUCUGUGGCAGCCUGUUUGAUGAGGUUGUUGGUAGGCAGGUUCACUGCCAAUGUGUCAAGUUUGGUUUUAUGGAGGAUAUCAGUGUUGGUACAUCUCUUGUUGAUAUGUAUAUGAAAACAAAUAAUGCGGAUGAUGGGAGUAGAGUUUUUGAUGAAAUGGGGGAGAGGAACGUGGUUUCAUGGACUUCGUUGCUCUCUGGAUACGCUCAGAGUGGAUUGAAUCAUAUGGUGCUUGAGUUGUUUUCUAAGAUGCUAAUAGGAGGAUUUGAGCCAAACCCAUUUACGCUUGCAACUGUUGCAGGAGCUUUGGCCCAUGAAGGGAUGGGUGAAUAUGGGGUUCAACUUCAUUCAAUUGUCAUAAAGAAGGGUUUCCAGGCAACCACCGAAGUGUGCAAUUCUCUCAUUAAUAUGUAUUUAAAGUCGAGAAUGGUUGGAGAUGCUAGAGCUAUUUUUUGGAGCAUGGUGGAUAAGAAUGCAGUUUCUUGGAAUGGAAUGAUUGCAGGGUAUGCAACAAAUGGCCUUGACUUGGAAGCCUUAAAAUUGUUUUACCUUAUGAGACUUGAUGGUGUAGAAUUAACUCAAUCAAGUUUUGGCCCUCUUAUUAAGAUGUGUGGUAACCUUAAAGAAUUGGGUUUUGCAAGGCAGCUCCACUGUAAGGUUCUCAAGGAUGGGUUUGGAUUUGAUCAAAGCAUCAGGACGGCGCUCAUGAUAGCUUACUGUAAGUGCAGAGAAAUGUGUGAUGCCUUGAAACUGUUCUCCAUGAUGCAAGAAGUACAGAAUGUAGUGUCAAGUACUGCUAUGAUUACUGGGUACUUGCAGAAUGGUGAAAAGGGAGAAGCAGUUAAUCUAUUUAGGCAAGUGAACAGGGAAGGCAUUAGACCAAACCACUUUACUUAUUCUGCAGUUCUAACAGCCGUACCUAUUGUUUCUCCUUUCCAAAUACACGCCCAUGUUAUAAAAGCUAAUUAUGAGAAGUUUCCUACAGUUGGAACUGCUCUCUUAGAUGCUUAUGUUAAGUUAGGAAAUACCAAAGAAGCUGCAAAAGUUUUUGAACUAAUUGACGAGAAGGACAUAGUGGCAUGGUCAGCACUAUUGUCGGGCUAUGCUCAGAUAGGAGAGACUGAGGAAGCUGUAAAAACAUUUAUCAGGCUGUUGAAGGAGGGGAUCAAACCCAAUGAAUUUACCUUUUCCAGUGUCAUAAAUGCCUGUGCUACUCCUACAGCAGCCGUAGAACAGGGGAAACAAUUUCAUGCAUGUUCAAUCAAAUCAAGACUUAAUAAUGCUUUGUGCGUCAGCAGUGCUCUUGUCACAAUGUAUGCUAAGAGAGGUAAUAUUGAGAGUGCAAAUGAAGUUUUCGGGAGGCAAGGGGAGAGAGAUCUAGUAUCAUGGAAUUCAAUGAUCUGUGGGCAUGCUCAACAUGGGCAUGCAAACAAAGCUCUGAGUGUAUUUGAAGAGAUGAGGAAACAAAACAUGGAAAUGGAUGGGAUAACAUUUAUUGGCAUCAUAACUGCCUGUGCUCACGCUGGAUUAGUGGUUGAAGGUGAAAGAUAUUUUACUAUAAUGAGGAAAGACCACCAGAUUGAUGCUAAAAUGGAACACUAUUCUUGCAUGGUUGACCUGUAUAGCAGAGCUGGAAGGCUAGAAAAGGCCAUGAACAUCAUAAAUGAGAUGCCAUUUCCUGCAGGAGCAACUGUAUGGCGAACAAUUUUGGCUGCUUGCCGCAUUCACCUUAAUUUAGAGCUGGGAAAGUAUGCUGCGGAAAAGCUAAUUUCACUUCAGCCACAAGACUCUGCUGGUUAUGUCCUUUUAUCCAAUAUUUAUGCUACAGCGGGAAAGUGGCAGGAAAGAGCUGAAGUGAGGAAGUUGAUGGACAAGAGAAAAGUCAAGAAAGAGGCUGGGUACAGUUGGAUUGAGGUGAAGAAUAAGACCUAUUCAUUCUUGGCUGGGGAUGAUUCACACCCUAGUUCAGAUCAAAUCUAUAUGAAACUUGAAGAAUUAAGCACCCGCCUAAAGGAUUUCGGUUACCAGCCUGAUACAAAUUAUGUUCUUCAGGAUAUUGAUGAUGAACACAAAGAAGUCAUUCUUUCCCAACACAGUGAGAGACUGGCAAUAGCAUUUGGGUUGAUUGCCACUCCACCUGGAACUAGUCUCCAGAUUGUUAAGAACCUUAGAGUUUGUGGAGAUUGUCACACUGUAAUUAAGUUAAUAACGAUGAUAGAAAGAAGAGAAAUAGUUGUAAGGGAUACAAAUCGAUUCCAUCAUUUUAGGGGAGGCAUUUGCUCUUGCAGAGACUUCUGGUGAUGUUCUAUUCUCGUUAUAUACUGAAGCUUUUACAAGA